UGGUCAGUACAAUACACGGACACUUGAAGACUUAUUCUAUUUUUUUGGAUAACAAGACCGUUCGGUAUUUAGUUUGUUUAUGGACUGAGAAAGACCAUCCGUUGUUGUUGUUGAGACAUUUAAGUAUUUGGUUUAACGUCUUAAAAAAAGGAAAUAUGUUAUUUUCGUAUUCCAAUUGUUAACCAAAGCAUAAUUUCAUUUCCAUGUGCUUUAAAUAUACUGUUAUAUGGUGUAUCCGAUUUCCAUUAUGAUGAAGAAGAUGCGUUUCAGUCCAGCAAUUGGAUGAUAGUACACUGCUAUCACAAACCCAAGUAAAUUCUGUUUAUUGGUUACAUAUGCAUGAUCACAUACACUUAGGAUAUUUUGUCAUACCACGCCAUGGAAUCAAUCAACUACAUCGCUAAACUCAAUGAGUAUGUGCAGAAAAGUGGCUGCGAGUUGAAGUACGACGUGGGUUCUGAAGGCCCUGCUCAUAUUAAAAUGUUUGCUCAAACUGUGAUAUUAAACGGCAAACCAUACCCAAAGGGCGUUGGAAAAAACAAGAAGGAGGCCCGGCAAAAUGCAGCCAAACACGCUUUAGAGAGCGUUUUGGAGACUGACUCAGACCACUCCCAUGUCUCGGGGUGGUCCAUGAGGGACGCUACAGAGCCAAUUAAUCAGGCAAGGCUCACCCAACCCACCACGAUGGAACUAGGCCACACUAAACAAUGUUACAAGUUUGUGCUUGACGGUACGGAGUACCCGUCUGGCUCUGGGAGAACGAAGAAGGAGGCAAAGGAGGACGCAGCCAGGCUUGUAUAUGAGAAGAAAUGGAGAAAUCCACUCUCAAAUACCGUAGAUCAGAGUAGCAGUGUUGAGCCAUCGAGUCCUCAAACAAAUGAAUUGAAUCAAGACAUGUCGGAGGGAAUUGGUUCACCUGCAAAUAUGGAGGUGAGCCUCGGAGAGCUUUCUGGCUUGAGUGAGUUUACGUACUUGGGAAUGGACAGCCAGCAUCAGCAGGAGAACAUGUGCAAUGUGGACUUAUUGGUGAAAAGAUGUGGUCCUGCACACUGCCCUCAGGAGGUUAUUGGCGGUAGGGAGUACCCUGAAGUCGAGGGGAAGACUGCAAAGAAGGCCAGAAAAAGGACGGCAAAGGAGGCCUGGCCUGUGCUCCAAGAGCUGUUAGACUGUGACAGCAAGGCAAAUAGGAAGUCUGCCAAAUCAGAAGAGGAUGGCACAAAUAAUAAAGCAACAUCAGACACGGCAUCCUCCACAUCUGGUAGCUGGAUUCAGUUCAGCAAUUCCUCUGCACCUCCCAAGGAAGAAAAAUUGGGUAUCAAGGCUAAAAUUAAACUUGGAGAGAAAUUCAAAAAAGAACCAUCCGAUACACCAAGAGGUCCAACUACUUCUAAGUUCUUAACAGAAUACGACAAUUUUGAGUGUAUUGGGCAAGGGGGCUAUGGUCACGUUCACAAGGCAAGGAUGAAACACUUGGAUACGUAUUACGCGGUCAAGAUGGUGCUCAAUGAAGAGAAUGCUCUGCGUGAGGCAAAGAUUUUAGCAAAGCUACAGCAUCCUAAUAUCGUUCGAUAUUACACCUCCUGGACUGAGGAUCAGGAAAACAUUCCUCCCAACUGUAAAUGUCUCAGGACUUCCCAGUCAAGCAGCGAUACGUCCAGGACUUUCCUGUACAUCCAAAUGGAGCUGUGUGAAAUGAAGGAUCUUGAGGCAUGGAUAAUUGAGAAGAACUCAUUGCAUCAGGAUACCACUCGGAAGAAGGAGAGUUUAGACAUCAUGAUGAAGAUGAUAUGUGGCGUGGAAUACAUCCACUCCCAGAAUCUAAUGCACCGGGACCUAAAGCCCUCUAACAUUAUGGUUGGAUCGGAUGGAGAGGUGAAGAUCGUGGAUUUUGGUCUGGUGACGGCAGAGAGUGACGAGGAAGGCAAUGUGUUGGAGAAAACGAUGGGCAGGGGCACUAAGUCGUUUAUGCCGCCUGAACAAAGGUACAAAAACGUAUACAACAAUAAGGUGGAUAUAUUUGCAUCCGGCUUGGUAUAUUUUUUGAUGCUGUUGAAUAUCUCCGGUCAUGAAAGGACUAAAAGUUGGGAUGACAUCAGAAAACAAAAAUUUCCAGCAGACUUCACGCUGUCAUUUCCUAAAGAGUCAUUCCUAAUUAAAUCGAUGCUACAUGAAAAUCCUGAAUCCCGACCCUCGGCUGAGGAGAUAACGGCUAACCUGGAGCGGUUGGAUUUUCCCACAGGGAGACCAACCAGAACCAACUGGGCGGACAAGGCCUGGUCAUCAGCGCCCUAUUAACGCCCUAUUAUCUAUUAACUGCACUAUGUAACUUUGGCACUCCGACGGCGGAGGAGAAAUAUGGAGCCGUUUUAUGUUUAUGUAUAUUAGGGUUGCCGCGGUGUGGACAUUUUCACACCGAGUAAUACGCUUGUGUCAACACCGGUAUAAACGGUAUUAACUUUGAAACUAUAGGUCAACCGCCAUCUUCUCCGUCAACUCUCCUCUCACACUCGGUGACAGCGGCUGGCAGCGCGCCAAUUCUCGGCGUCUUAUAACGUUCUAUAUCAGGGUAGCCGCGGGGUCUUAAAAGUCUAAUUAAAUUGCGUUACCUAAGUCUUAAUUUUUUAAAGAUGGUCUUAAAUUUCCUACUAGGAUAUGUUUUCGUAGUCAACCGGACUGUAACACAAGGGGAAAAUAGGGGGCGUUUUGCGUAUCGGGGUUUUGCGUAACGUCAGAGAACGUCUCAUUUAUUGGAGUAUGCGCGAACAAUACUUUGGGUUUUCGCGCCGGCAAUCUCAACAAACAUAAUCAGUCGAUAGGAGACGCCACAUCAUGGGGAAGCAGGGCUCUCAAGUCUCACGCAUUCGGCGUGAGACACGCAAUUCGACCCAUGCACACGCUCACACGCCACACUUCGUAUUUCUCACGCAGAGAAAUUACCAGGAUAGCGCCCACCAACAUGCGCCACUAUUUAACAGUGGAACAGGUAGGAAUCAAAUGGGUUCCCCUUACGAAGGGUGACCAGACGUCCUCUUUUGCCCAGACAUGCCCUCUUUUUGAGACACUUAUAAAAAUAAAUGUGUCCGGGCGGAAUUUCAAAAUCGUCCGGGAUUUUAUUAAAGCCUCAUACAUGUUCACAUUGAAUUUGCGUUGCGUUCCUCUGGGUCGGUCACAAACUACUUAAGCUACGCCCUCCCCACCUCAGUUCUGUUCGCUUUGCAUUGCUGGAAGUGAGUAGGGGGAGUGGUUAAGUAAAGCCUUCAGAUUGGACGGUUUGACUUUAGAGUUACCGUCAUGUUUUGUAUUUUUUUUUUGUUGCCAUUAUUGUUUUAUAGGGACAAACAUUAACAAAUUUCUCCUACAGGGGAUUGAUAAAGUUCUAUCUAUUGAACAGAAAGAAACACUUGGUCAUACUUUACACACUUUACCACAGCAUUGGCCUACUGAAUGCCACAGAUAUAUUUUAAGCAUUGGACUGAAUGCCACAUAAAUAUAUAAUUAUGUUUCUGCACGUUUGCAACGUUUAAAAGUUCAGGGAAAAGUAUAGCCUCUACUGGUGUUGCUUAGGCCAAUAUCCUUUUGAGGCAGUGUUUCCGAAUAUUAGUGUUAAGGGCCAAUAAUGCUUACUAUCAUACAUUAGUCACCAUGUCUGUGGACGGGUUAGGGUUCGGGCUGGCUCCAUACAUUACGAAGGAGUUAGUAAAAGAGGUCAACGAGGCAAGUGGUGGAUUCAUUGAAAUGGUUGAGGAAAUUUGAAUGCUGAGAAACUACAGCAAUUUGAAAAGAGUUUGUUUGUUUAUAUUUUAUAUUGUGUGUUGAAAGUUUGAUAUUUAAACCAAAAAUACAGCUACACUUUCACACCAUCA